UUUUAGAAAAUUUUCAAAAGCCGUUCAUCGAUCAUUAAUAGCACCUGAAAAUUGAGCAAGACAUCUGCGAAUAAAUCAUUGAAGCAGAAAUUGAACAAGAUUCUUCUGCCCAAAAAUGAUAGACUUCGUAAAAUUAGUUUUAUUAUGUGUUUUGACAGAUAUGGGUAAAAAGAUACGAGCUUGCCUAAUAUGCGGCGACAGUUUAAUUGCCGAAACACCCGCGAAGCAGCGGAUUACAAACUUUCCAAGUACUCAGUACUUUCGCAUAGACGAGAAGAUUCUAGAAGAAAUGAUCAUCGUUAAGUUUGAUGCAAUUAUUGACGAGAACUUCUGCGGCAGCUUAUGUGUUUUUGACCCUUCUUGUAAAUCCUUCAAUUACAACGUAGCCGUUAAACAGUGCCAACUGCUGGCUUCUGAUCUGCAUUUAAAAAAUAAGACAAAACCAGAUUUGGACGCUGCAGGAAUUUGGAUCCACCAGACCCCCAACAAAAAAGUAUCCAGGGGCUGCCCGGAUGACUCACUGAUACUGUCAGACUGUGUUGGUAUUUGGGUGGAGUCUUUCACGACUAAUGAGCUGGUGGUUGGUUGGAGAGAGCCUUCAGAUGAAGACGAACGCACAGAAUUUUCUAUAGACAAGUACACUAUUGAGAUCAACAACACAGCCCACAGGGGUCAAUCUGCAGACUUCGAAGCCGACUCAGUGAUGAGCACUUUGACAUCUUCACGAAGACGCCAUGUAUUCAGUGACCUAAUUCCUGGAAUGAAAUACAAUGUCGAAUUGAAAGCGUUCUAUCAACUCGUUCACGAAAUUCAGUUCCCACUACCAAUUGAACAAUCUCUUACACCGGAAAGACCUGUUUUGGGGGGCUUGGAUGCAUUUGAGAAGAAGUUCUACCUCAACUGGACACUAGAGGGCGCCGCGGACACCUUCCAAAUAUGGAAUACUCCAGCAGACGGCUCAUGUGCAACCCUACCUGAAGGAUAUUGCGAAGUUGAUGUGAAAACUAAAGAGAUCUACAUAACCGAGCUGGUUGCGGGAAAAGAGUACACAAUCUUCGUGAAGUCUGUCAGCCAUGGCAAAGAGAGUCUCAUCCUAGAAGUGGUCCACCCCACAUUCACUGACGUCACAUCCAUCGACACCACCAGCUCCCCCAACACUCCCAAACAGUUCACGAUCUAUCACAACACGGCUUCGGGUGUUGGAUGGCAACACGAGGUGUUCAUCGACAGCAGAGGCACACGAGUGGUGCCCCGCCUGUACAAUUUCCCCUUCCAACUCUCUCAAGUGUGGGACAUUCACCACGCCUCCGGAAACCUCAUGUUACAAGGGGGCGUGUUCUACACUAUAAACAUCACAGCCUACAGCCAGGGCGAGACUCCGGUAGUCAGGAAGUACUACACUGAAGAGAUCACAUACCCUGAGAAGCCCAUUCCGGAUGGGGAACACUGGACUUCCACUACGAGGUCGGUCACCAUCAAGUGGACAGCUGCUGGAUUCUUCCAUGGAUUCGAGCUCGGAGUUGGAGCCCAAGCUUGUUUUGAUUGCAGUCUUGCUUCGUGGCAGAGAACUUACACUAUUGACAACCUUCAACCGGGGGAGUACUACGAUUUCAUGUUGACAGCUCAUGUAACCUAUGACGGAAUAACACUGAAAGGGCUGCCCAUGGUCACAGACGCGUACACCUACCCAGAAGCUCCAACAGUUGUUGAUAUCACAUCUGGAUGCGACAGUGGCCAGGUGCGGAUAUUGACUGAAGGGGGUUCGAGAAUCAGGGUCAUCGAUGGCAACAAUCAUUUUUUAAUCACGCCCAGAACUAACUCCAAGACGGUGCGAAUCAAAGGGCUUGCACCAGAAACCCAUUACCAAUUCUUUGCAAUCGUAGAUGCUGACUAUCCAGGAUGGGAAGCAAGCAGCAGCUUUAGCAUAAACACAUAUUGGCCUAAUCCCGAAGUCUGUCUUACCAUCUCAACUACAGACAACUACUAUGGCGAAUAUGAAUUGAACUGGAAUGCAUGGGGCUGGUGCAGGCAUAGAGUGUCAGGAGGAAACGCAGGGUCAAGCUACUGUCACUUACUCAGCGAGGAAUGCGGUGGUCCAUGUGAGGUUGGAGUAGAUGGGCGGUUGGAAGUUCAAGUAUUUGGUCAUGAUGGAGACAAAAUGAUGAAGUUUUCUCUGGCAACUGUUAAAUAUGGAGACCUGUAUUUUGAACUAGUAGGAGACUGGUGGUGUGUUGAGAGCUGCGGAAUCACAAUUCCCUACAGACACCCAGAUCACUUAGUAGAUAUCAAUAACCCCUUGUAACAAGCGCCACCCCCGACUGGAUAGCUGUCCGACGCCCCAUGGAACCCUAAUCACCAGCUUAACUCAAAUCAUAUCGAAGAGCUACGACGUAUGAUGAUAUCGACGAGCUCGAAUCAAAUCCCAACAAAUACUCUCAUUUCGUUCAUUAAGAAAAAAAACUAACUGGUUUGAGUGAUUUCUUCAUCUUAUAACGUAUUGCCAUGGUAACCGAUGGAACAAAAAUGGUUGUUAUAUUGAAUUUAACCUCAAUUCAGAGCCAAACAACCUAAUCCGAUAAGUUUUACAGAGGUUAAUUUGAGGAGUUUCCGACGCGCCGAAAGUGAAAAUAGACAGUGAGAAUAGGGGAACCAUCAUUACAAUAGACCGAAAAAGGCUAUGUUUUUACAAAGUACGGAUUGAGUUUAGGUCAGGGGUGGCCUUCUUAUAGAGUAAUUUCAGAUAAGGGUAUACCGUCUGUUCGUUACGCUAUCCAUUUUCGGCCGGAUAGGUUUGUACAACUCCUUAAUCUAAAACAGAUCCUAAUAGUACUCUUCUAUCAAGUAAUUCCUAGUCUCAACAUAUCUAGAGACAACCUGGUCCGUCACGAGGUUAGAGAAGAGAAGAA